AUGUCCUCCAAUCCGAACCCCGGAAACUUUGCCAACCGACCGCAUGAGGAGGUAUCGAGAAUCGCCCAGCAGGGUGGUCAUGCGAGCCACCAAGGUGGCUUUGCUCACAUGGAUCCGGACAAGCAGAGAGAAAUUGCGUCCAAGGGUGGCCAUGCGUCCAGUGGUAGUUUCCAACCUGGCGACGAGCGUGCGCGAGAGGCAGGCCAUAAGGGUGGUCAUGCCUCCGGCGGAAAAUUCAAGCCCGGCGAUGAGCGCACUAGAGAGGCCGGGCACAAGGGUGGCCUGUCAGGACCGUCUGAAUAA